AUGGACGACAGCCGCUAUGCUAAAAGAGCACGCCAGGCGUGUCUCAACUGCAGGAGGAAAAAGACGCGCUGCUCUGGGCACAAACCAGUGUGCGCCUUCUGUGCCCGGCUCAACCAACGCUGUACGUGGGAUGGCGAUGCAGAUGUCUCGCCUGAACCACUCGCCGAAACGGGCCGAGCUCCAUCCUCCUCAGGUAUAGCCGCGCAUAAUGCAAGCCUUGCUGCAAGAGUCGCUUUGCUCGAGUCUCGGCUGAGCUUUCUGGAUGCGGACAACGCUUUCAGCUUAUUCACCUCCGUGUCGCCACCAACGACAAUCAAUCAGCCUGUGGACCAGUAUCCCAAUAUCGACGAACUUGCCCGGAAGAACCGCGAUUUCUCAUCUCUUCCAGAUGUGUCAAUCUUCCGUUCUCUUGUCGAAGUCUAUUUUCAACGUUGUCACAACCAGCCUUACUCUUUCUUCCACGAAGAGAUGUUUCGCCAUGAUUAUGAAGCCGGAUUGUUGCCCGAAUACUUAAUGUACGCUUUUGCUGCUGCCGCCUGCCGCUUCUCCGACCACGAUUUCUAUCAGCAGCGUCGUGAUGAAGCGAUUGAUGCCUAUGCCCAGUCAUCCUUUGGGCAGAUAUUCGAACAUUCAUUCUCAGUCUCCGACAGUUUAGAGCCGUGGAUGGCGGUGUCCCUCUCCAUAUUGGCGGUGGUGGACUUCGCAGCCGGACGUCCGAAAAUUGGCUGGGUGAAACUAGCUCUUUCGUGUCGCUUUGCACAGGCCUUGCGGCUUAACGAAGAACCCGACCAACAACUUCCCGUCCACGAACAAGAAGAGCGGCGUCGAAUAUUCUGGUCGAUCUAUCUCCUCGAUAUUCUGAUGUCAGUCGGCCCCAACCGACCUCCUUCACUUCUCGAUGAGGACUGCACUGUCCAUCUACCAUGCGAUGAGGGCCUUUUCCGGGAUGGACUCAGUGGCGGCCCUGUGCCAACUUUGACCGCUGUCGUGGACAAUCCGUCAGGUUCCAAUUACCAGAACCUAGAUCCCUUCGCCAUGACUAUAAUCAUGGCCUCGGCGUUGGGCCGCUUCAUACGAUUUAGCCUGAAGCGCACGUUGAAUACGACACAUGUCCUUUGGGAUCCACGGUCCAAGUAUUACGAGGUACAGAGCAUUUUGCUAUAUUACGAAAGCCACUCACCAUGUGCCUUCACUUCAAUCGCUGAGGCACUAAAUCGACAUCAUUCAUUCAACGACUCAGUGUCACCAUCACAAAUCAGUCACAUCAUCUACUCUCACGCCCUCUACCACCUCAACAAUUGUCUUCUCAAUCAUCCAUUCAUAUUGUAUCGCUUUUUCCAAACAUAUACCGUACCUGUCCCUCUAAGUUUUGUGCAAGAGGCACUGCAACGAUGCCGCAAGCACGCGACAAAUCUCCUUGAGCUGCUUGAUGAUCUGGAAACCUAUGGGCCCCUCAGUCAUCCUAGCUUUUAUGGCUACUGUGCAAUGGCUGCGGGGGUGGUCCAUAGCAUAUACGAGAAAAGCGAUGACGCUGAAGUUGCAGAGACUUCGAAGAAACACCUCCAGGCUGCAUUAAGUUUUCUACAACGCGAACCAGUGCGUUGGGGUCAUGUGGGCCACAUGUCGCAAUGA